CAUUGUAGGAUAGCAUGUAUGCCCCAUCCAUCGCUCAAUUAGCCUCUAUUGUCCAUGUCCACACCUUUCCCCAGCAAUGAAACUGCAAUGCAGGCUCCCGAAAACGUCUCGCAACUCGUCAAAGACGCUGGAAAUCCCAGCCUUGUCGACCUCUCGGAUACACUAGGUUUGCCCGAAGGUGGUUUUGACGCUUGGGGCACAGUGCUAGGCUCUUUCUUGAUUCAAUUCUGUGGCUUCGGAUAUGUCAGCGCUUACGGUGUCUUCCAGGACUUUUACACUCAAACAUACCUAACCAAUUUCACACCAUCUGCAAUCGCCUGGAUAGGAAGUGUCAAUGCGUUCUUGAUAUUAUCAGUUGGUAUCGUGUCAGGAAGGAUGGUCGACCAGGGUGCACUUUACCCUGUGAUGAAAAUCGGCUGUCUCCUUCAAUGCUUCUUCCUCUUUAUGUUGUCCCUAACGAAACCAGAUGGGUAUUAUCAAAUAUUCCUUUCCCAAGGUAUCGGUCACGGUAUUGCAAUAGGCCUCACAAAUGUUCCGUCCAUCGCCAUCGUAUCGCAUCACUUUCAGCGACGCAGAGCUGUUGCGAUGGGAAUUGUCGUUGCGGGGUCGUCACUGGGUGCGAUCUUGCACCCCAUCAUGCUCAACAAUCUUAUCAAUGGAAGACUUGGUUUUGCAAAUGGUGUCCGUGCAAGCGCGACCCUGAAUGGUGGCCUGCUUUUCAUCGCAAAUCUCUUGAUGCGAACAAGGCUUCCACCGCGACCAAAGGCCGUCAGCUACACCCGCGUUCUGCGAAACUCGUCGAGAGAUGGCGCUUACAUGUGUGCUUGUGUGGGGAUGGCUGCUUUUGAAUUCGGGUAUUUUUUCGAAGCCUUUUAUCUCCAUUCUGGUUCUUUCAUCGGAAGACUUACUGUGGGUUUUGUCUCUGCCUACGUGGGCAUCCCAAACACGAUCGUUGGCUCUUCAUUAAUAUCCUCCGCCGUACUAUUUGCAAUGAUUGGCUUGCACUCGGCUGCCAGUGUAGCUGUGAUAGCUGCAAGCUAUGGUUUUUUUUCCGGCGGUGUUGUAGCGAUGAUGGGCCCGGUGAUAUCGAUUCUAACUCCUGAAAUCUCACACAUUGGUGCACGGAUAGGGAUAGCGUUUGCAAUAGCUGGCAUUGGAUCACUCCUGGGUGCACCGAUUUGUGGAGCAUUCUUGACAUCGCAUUAUAUCUGGUGGAAGGCUGUUAUCUUUGCUGGGAGCGUCGCUACUGGCGGCUGUAUCAUGUUCGUAUCUAUGCAAUUCAUCUUGGAGAUGCGUCAAAGAUCUUCACGUGUUUGCUCCAAGGAGGCCGAUGUCUGAUUUGUGUCACCCGAGCAUGUAUGUAAAGUCAU